CUUUUCAGUCUUAAUUUCGCCAGCAUUGUGUUCGCACGACUGUAAAUCGCGCGGUUAGGCUUAUUUUUUCAUACUUUUUUAAUUAUUUUUUUUUUCGUCAUUUUCAUUUUUAUUUAAAAAUAGUAGAAAAAAAAACAGUCACAAUUAAAAGGAAUAGAAAAACAAGUUUAGACACAGUGAGAAGUUAUAGGAUGGUGACAAUAGCAAGCGGCUAUUUUAAAAAUAAAUAAGAAAAACCUUGGUUUUAGUGAAGUCAUUUGACUAAUUGUCUCGAAUUCUUUCUGUGUGCUUUCCUCUCGCCGAUUCUCGCAUAAAAAUAAUUUUUAAGACAUAAACAUAAAUCAUUUGCAAAGAGUUUCCAAGCGAUAACUCUUGUCAUCAGACUACAGCACUCGCAAGAACGCAAAUUUCAUUCGCACCUUCAUCAUUUCUCAUCAAACAAAAAUGCCAAACAGCAACAAAAAGAGCAAGAAACAUAAGCGCAAAAAUCAUUGUGAUAAGAAUAAUGACAGUACAGGCAAUUUAGCAGAUUUAUCAAGCAAUGAAGACGAUAUUAAUAUAAUGAAUGAAGAUUUUGAGAAGCUACAAGUGGAUAAACCGUAUCAAGUUAAAUAUUCUGAGAUUUAUGGGAGAUAUUUAGUGGCAUCAAGAGAUUUAAAGAAAGGAGAGAAAUUAAUUGAAACUGAUGCUUUAGUGAUUGGUCCAUGUGCUGAGAGCUUACCAUUAUGCUUAGGCUGUUAUGUCGACCUUAUCAACGUGCCAAGAAAAUACUAUUGUCCAGAUUGCGGAUGGAUAUUAUGUCAGAAAAAUUGUCCGGGAUAUCACACGCCACAUGGUCAUAGCGAGUGGGAGUGUCAAUCAUUUAAAGAACACAAUUUGGCAUCAUUUCUACUAAAAUGUGAUGAAAAAGACAUUAGAUUUAUAUUUGAGGCAAUUUUAAGCUUAAGAUGUUUAUUAAUGAGGCAAGCUGAACAUGAUAAAUGGAUAAAAAUUAGUGAAAUGGAAUCGCAUAAUAAAAUCCGUCGGAAUAUUCCGACACUUUGGGAUCGAAAUCAGGAGCUAAUCGUUGAUCGAAUAAGAUAUCAGUGGGGAUAUAAAGAAUUCUCUGAAGAUGAAAUUCACACAAUUUGUGGAAUCCUAGAAGUAAAUAGCUUUGAAGUUGGUACAAAUGGAUGUCGUGCUCGUGCAUUGUUCCCGGAAGCUUAUCUCAUAUGUCACGAUUGUCAGCCUAAUACAACACAUACAGAUGAUACUCUAACUCAUAAAUUACAUUUACGUACGACGAUACCACUCAAGAAAGGCUCCACAAUCACUUUAUCGUACUCAUAUACACUUCAAGGAACAUUAAAACGUAGAGAUCAUUUACAUGAAAGCAAGUUCUUUUGGUGUACAUGCAAUCGAUGCAAAGAUCCAACGGAAUUGGGGACACAUGCAAGCACUCUUCUAUGUCCGAAAUGCACUAAUGGAUUUAUUCUGUCAACAGAUUCAUUAAAUCAGGAUGCAGAUUGGAAAUGUAAAAAAUGUUGCUAUGCUGUAAGCGGAAAGUCAAUUUUAAUUUUAUUGGAUCGACUCUUUGAUGAGCUUGAAGUCCUUGAUCCAAAUAGCAUAAAAGACUAUGAAGAAUAUUUAAAACGUUAUGCAAACGUCCUGCAUCAGAAUCAUUAUCUCAUGCUAUCGGCGAAGCAUUCUCUCUGUCAAUUAAUUGGACGCUCCGAUGGUUUUCUCAUUAAUGAACUCAAUUUGAGUCAAUUACAGCGGAAGGAACAAUAUUGUCGUGAUUUGCUCGCUGUCGUUAAUGUUUUUGAACCUGGUAUGAGUCGAUUGCGUGGAAUAAUUUGUUACGAGAUGCAUGCAGCGAUGAUGAUGAUAAUUACGAGAGAAUUUGAGAAUAGAACAAUUAAUAGCAAUCAAUUGAGGAGUCGAUUGAAGGAGAUCGUCAAAUUACUCCACGAAUCAAAUGACAUUUUAAAGAUUGAACCGAUUGGCUCACCAGAAUAUUCCAUGUCAUUAGCCGCACAAGAUGCUCUAAAGAAGAUGGGAAAUAUUUAAAUGACAUAAUAUGUAUGACGACGAUGAUAACUUUAUAGCUUGUUCCUCCUUCUCUUCUCUCCAUUUUCAUUCUCACCGUCACCACCAGCUUUAUUACAUGAAUGCUGACAAAGGAUAGGAGUGGGGGAAGUCACGCUGUGUUUGAUGACAUACAAUUAAAAAUACGAUGAAAGAUUAUACAAGAAAUAAAAUAAAAUAAGAUAUUUUUUCUCGCCUGAAGCUAGCGUUUCUUUUUUAAUGAUUUGAAAAAAAACUUAUAUGAUUUUUUAAAAGGAAUUUAAAGAAAUAUUUUGCGAAUCAUCUUAAUUGAUGUCAAGUGG